AAAUUUGACGAGAAUAGACGUGAGAAGGCGCGCAAUUUUUGUCCGAUUUUUCGAUUGUCGUUCGGGCAAUUGGAAAUAAAUAAUUUUCUUCAACGUUUUACGUGAAAUAUUACGUUAUACAGUAUUUAAAAGGCAACAAAGAAGAAAUGUUGGAAGUGUGUGGAAACGUGUAACUUUUUAUGUGUUAUGUACAGCAAACAACAGAUAAGACUACAAAAACAAAAAAAAAAAAAUGUUCUUCAUAUUCACUUACACUUGGAUAAAUUGAGAGAGUUAACUCGGCGGCGUGAGAGUAAAAGAUCUCGACAUAUGGAAUACAAGAAAACAACGUAAACGACAGUGAGUGAUCGUGAAAAAUUAUAACUAUUUGAAAGUUCGCUACGCCAUAUGAUAAAAAUCGGAGAUUAUCUUUAAAAAAUUAAGUGAUAAAGAUUGAAAUUAGUUAAGUGCUAGCUAAGUGUUUUGCCAGUGCCCAAUCCACACCCACCCAUACACCACUUGGCCACUUCAAAUCCAAGAGAAUCUAGAAUCUGUUGCUGCUGUUGUCGCUGUUGAAUUUAUGGAUAAAUGAAAUCGGAAGCAAUUCGUCUUUUUGUAAAAAAAUCCAAUUGCCAAAGCAGCUGUUCCCUCCAUAUUAGCAAUAACACUACCAACAUUGAAAACCAUUGCUACCCAUAGGUGUCGCGCUGAUCGGCCCCGGCCAAAGGGGCCAUGAAGCGGUGGCCCUUUAUCAUCUUACAAUUGCUCUCGGUGGCAGUAGUACUGAUUCCGGGUGUGAGAUGUGUCCGCAGCACUGGAGACCGGACUGUUAUCAAUGUCGGUUAUCUGACGGCAUUGACGGGCGAACUGAAAGAUAAACAGGGCCUGGCCAUUUCUGGGGCUCUAACCAUGGCAUUAGAAGAGAUUAACAAUGACACCAGUCUGCUGCCCAAUGUUCAGCUAGCACUGCGCUGGAAUGACACCAAAGGAGAUACAGUCCUGGCCACCAAAGCUAUAACGGAAAUGAUUUGUGAUGGCAUUGCAAUGAUUUUUGGACCUGAAGGUCAUUGCUAUGUCGAGGCGAUUGUCACUCAGAGUCGUAACAUUCCAAUGAUAUCCUAUAAAUGUCCCGAAAACAAAGCAUCCUCUAUACCAACGUUUGCACGAACUGAACCCCCCGAUAAUCAGGUCAUCAAGUCGGUCAUUUCUCUCCUGCGCUACUAUGGUUGGAAAAAGUUUUCCAUUCUACACGAUGAAGGCUGGACAAUGGUGGCCGAACUGCUAAAGGCCGAGGCCAUCAAAAAGAAUAUGACCAUUAACCACAAGGAAUCGUUCAUUGACAACAUGGCCAAGUGCUGCGAAGAGAUGUUGGCAUGUUGUCGCACUGGAUUUUGGUAUCAGAUUGUCCAAAAUACCAUGAAUCGUACUCGCAUCUAUGUUUUUCUGGGUACUGCUAAUGCGCUGGUGGAAUUUAUGGCAUCUAUGGAUACGGCAAAUCUAUUCGCAAAAGGGGAAUACAUGGUGAUAUUCGUGGACAUGAUGACCUAUACCCCAAAAGAAGCUGAAAAGUAUUUGCGGAAGCCGGAACAAGUGGAGCACAUGCGAAGUUGCGGCGAAUCGGACAAUUUCAUUCAACGUGCCAGAAGCUUACUGGUCGUGGCCUCCACACCGCCCACCGACAGCUAUGAGAACUUCACGGCCAAAGUCAGAGAGUACAACUUGAAGCAGCCAUUCAACUUUACCUUGCCGCUUAUAUUCCACAGCAACAACUUCAUCAAGUUUGUCUCCAUCUAUGCCGCCUAUCUGUACGAUUCGGCCAAGUUAUAUGCCUGGGCUUUGGACGAACUAUUGCGCAACUCUACUAAAGAUCGACCCCUGACGGAUGAGGAGAUCUAUAACAUAGCUAGCGAUGGAACCAGGAUCAUAGAGACCAUCAUCAAAAAUGGCACAUAUAAAAGUGUUACUGGUGCCACAAUCAAAAUCGACAAUAAUGGCGACUCUGAGGGAAAUUUCUCUGUGCUGGCCUACAAACCGUUCAGAUACUCGUAUCGUGAUAACCUUUUGUGUAAUUUCCAUAUGGUUCCCGUUGCCCAUUUUCAGCAAGGAAGUGAUAUUCCAGAGUAUAAACUCAUCAAUGGAUCCAUGCGGGUAGACUGGCCUUCGGGUGGUGAUCGCCCCUUUGACGAGCCCAUGUGUGGCUUUGCCAACGAGCUUUGUAAGAAAGACGAUCGCCAUAUAACUUCUUUGGUGGCCGCGGGCAUUUUAGGUCUGCUUCUGUUUUGUGCUGGUGUUGUCACCAUGAGCAUAUACCGCAAGUGGAAGAUCGAACUUGAAAUCGAAGGUCUUUUGUGGAAAAUAGACAUUUCCGAAAUCAAAGGCUAUGCGGGAAACGACAUAGUCUCUUCGCCCAGCAAGCUGAGCUUGGUUAGCGCCCAAUCCUUUGGUUCGCGCUGUUCGAAUCAAGUGUUCACUUCAACAGCUCGCUUACGCGGCGCCGUGGUCCGCAUCAAGGAGUUAAAGUUUCCCCGCAAGAAGGAUAUGUCGCGGGAAAUCAUGAAGGAGAUGCGUUUAUUGCGCGAACUUCGCCAUGAUAAUGUGAACAGCUUCAUUGGAGCUUGCGUCGAGCCUAUGCGCAUUUUGCUGGUAACCGACUACUGUGCCAAGGGCAGUUUGUACGACAUCAUUGAGAAUGAGGACAUCAAAUUGGACGAUUUGUUUAUAGCAUCACUUAUUCACGAUCUCAUAAAGGGAAUGAUAUACAUACACAACUCAUCGUUGGUGUUCCAUGGGAAUUUGAAGUCUUCCAACUGUGUCGUCACUUCAAGGUGGAUGCUGCAGGUGACCGAUUUUGGCUUACAUGACCUGCGCCACUGUGCUGAGAGCGAGUCAAUAGGGGAGCACCAGCAUUACCGAAAUCAGUUUUGGAAAGCUCCCGAAAUCUUGAGAAAUCCCCAUGUAUAUGGCUCCCAAAAGGGUGAUGUGUACGCCUUUGCCAUUAUAAUGUACGAAAUAUUUAGUCGCAAAGGGCCCUUUGGACAGACGCAGUACGAGCCAAAGGAAAUCGUCGAUUUGGUGAAAAAGGAACCUCUCAAAGGACACCUGCCAUUUCGUCCGGAACUGGAGUGCAUAAUCGAGGGAGAGUUGUGUCCGGACUAUGUGCUGAGCUGCAUAACUGAUUGUUGGCACGAAGAUCCAGAGGUUAGGCCAGACUUUCACACCAUACGUACCCGUCUGAAGAAGAUGCGCGGCGGCAAAACGAAAAACAUCAUGGAUCAAAUGAUGGAGAUGAUGGAGAAGUAUGCCAACAACUUGGAAGACAUCGUCACAGAGCGAACCCGUCUACUGUGCGAGGAGAAGAGAAAAACCGAAGACCUUUUGCAUCGAAUGCUGCCACAGUCGGUAGCCGAAAAACUUACCAUGGGAAUGGGUGUUGAGCCUGUUUCGUAUGACCUGGUUACCAUAUACUUCAGCGACAUUGUCGGCUUUACUGCCAUGUCGGCCGAGAGCACUCCACUGCAGGUGGUCAACUUUCUGAAUGAUCUCUACACGGUGUUUGAUCGCAUCAUUCGAGGAUACGAUGUCUACAAAGUGGAGACCAUAGGAGAUGCGUAUAUGGUUGUAUCCGGAUUGCCUAUUAAGAAUGGCGAUCGACAUGCCGGUGAGAUUGCGUCCAUGUCUCUGGAGUUGUUGCAGGCUGUAAAACAGCACAGAAUUGCACACAGACCGAAUGAGACACUUAAGCUGCGCAUUGGAAUGCAUACUGGCCCCGUGGUUGCGGGCGUGGUGGGUCUCACAAUGCCGCGCUAUUGCCUGUUUGGGGACACGGUAAACACCGCAUCCCGCAUGGAGUCCAACGGCGAAGCAUUAAAGAUACACAUCUCCGGAAAGUGCAAAGAAGCCUUGGACAAAUUGGAUGGCUAUGUGACGGAGAAACGUGGCCUCGUCCACAUGAAAGGCAAAGGCGAGGUCGUUACCUACUGGCUGGUGGGAGCGACAGAGAAGGCAAUACAAAAGAAGCCAGUGGACAUGACUGAUCUGCCUCCACCACUUUUUUGCCGACCACGCAGGAGUCCAAAACUAAACUCCGACUCCAGACAACCGAGUAUUAUCGGCAUGCAUUUCGGUGGCGGGGGCACUGGGUCCAGGCGGCAAUCCAGCAGUGUACCACGAGCCGAUAUGGAAUCCAGCUGCAGCCUACAGGGCUCCACAUAUCAAGUGCAACGUGAAUCUCCCCGUUUGUCGGCGAAAAGAUAUGACCGGCCGUCAGCAAACGGUGUGGGAAGUUUCCAAGACAACAGCAUACCUGAGCAAAUGAGCUUUUGCGGGAGCGGCAGUUGUGAUGUUGGCGCUUCUGAUAUCUUGCCAGAGUCUCCUAGCUUUUCGCAUAGUACUCUGGAGCAUUCCGAAACAAACUGUGAUAAUAACGGCGUGGGUGUCAACGGUGGCGUCAGCUCACCACUAUGGACAUCGCGCCUUAUUGCUAGUCUCUCACAAAAACCUCGGGCCAUGGUGCGCCCUCAUCGAAUUGUCAACUCUCCAAACUAUUCUCAGGACUAUUAUGGUAGUGGAUUUAUAAGUGGCACUUCUGUGAUUGCUCAUCAUAACUUACGAGAAGCACGUUCUCUUGACCCCAUACCCUUUCAAUUGCGGAAACGUCAUGAGCCAAAGAUACUGCCGCCCUCGAAACUAAGCAAAAACAAUUCAAGAUCUUUGGAUGCAGGUGUAUCACUUAUAAGUGAAGAUCCAAAUGGAGAUGCCAACGAAACAUCACUGCAGGGAACGAAGGAACGGCAGUCCGACUCAUCGCAGCAACAUAAAGCGCUCACAUCUCAUCCGAGCAAUGCCAUUGAGUCAGCGGAAUUUGGUGAUGACAUCGGCCUUCUGGGGAUGCGAGAUAAUGGGGACAUUAGUAAUCGCAAUUCGGCUAUCAUUGUUCCAGUGGGUUCAUCCGUCCUUAACAGAAGGCGCAGUGGCGGCGGCAUUAGCACGAGCACCACUGUAUCCAUGCCGCCGUACAAACAUCUCAAUAACAAUUGCAAUGGUGGCAUGACAAUUGACGAGGAUGCUCAGGCUCCUCUGCUGCAGCGCCAAGCCUCCCUUACCGCCACUCCAACCCUAGAGAAGGCCAAACGAUGGCAUUCUCUCGAAGGCAUCGAACAUCACACUGUCAAUAGUGUCAGCUACGCGGCCGACAUUGAAACGGCAGCACCCUCAAAGAAAACCACCCGCAAUCCUGCCGGCGAUGGCAACUCUUCCUCCAUCAUAGAUCGUCUGACAAGCAUAUUUCACAGCAACGGCAGAAAGAGAGCGAAUCCUUCGCUGCGACGCGUCGGUAUAUUGCCCAACUCUGUUCGAGGUGUACACGGCUUCAGUGACGGUCCAUCGAGAGACCGCGAAAGUAUAGUGUAACACACGCUCUGCUUUUUGCCUGCAAUCUCGUUGUCCUUCUCCGCAGAAUUGUGUCUAGUCACAGUCUCUAGACUAACUAUGUAUUUUUUUCUUAACAAGUUUUUGUACACACACACACACACACACACACACACACACAUAAUAUUAGCUUCACCCUCCCCAGCCGCCUCCUCCCCUCUCCCCUCUCUUUUCUCCUCAAUGUGUAUCCUUACCUCUUCCUCUCUCACACGCACACACACACACACACUCACACACACUAGAAUUAUAUUUAAAUACUAUUAGUUUUAACCUUCGCCCGUACCACAUAGUAGUUACAUGUAUCCAAAACUAGCAACACAGCAGACAACAUUUAUGCUUAGGAUCAUUUUAAUUUAGAUUACAAACUUAGUCAUAAAAUAAAAUCUAUUUUCUAUGUACGUAGAGGCGCAGUUGUUGUGUCCCCCACCAUACAAUACAAAAUUCAGACGAAGUAUCAUAAGUUCAGUUCAAUCAACUACAGCCAUACGUACAACAACAACAACAAAACAUCAUUUAUGUACGUAAGUACAUAUGGACCAAUGUAAUCAUUCAUUCAUUCAAAAAAAGGUAUUGCUUUUGACCACAACUCAUUUACGCACCACGAACCCAACACACCUCCCCCCCUCCGUUUGGAAAAAUUAAAUAUAAUUGUAGGCACGAUCA